UACAGCUAUUUUUCUAUUUCUAUAGUAAAAUACCGUAUCGUACGCGAACGUAGCGAACGUGUUUACGUCCAGUUAUGACAAAUAUAAAUUAUAAAUUAAGUAUAGUUAUCCCGUGAUUAGGUUUACACCAGUAAUUUGUCGAAACUUGUUCAGAAAAUUAUGUUUGUUUUGGAAAAAGGUAAAAAAAUAAUAAUAUAUAUACAUCAAUAUCUACCGACGAGUUAUAUGUGUAAUAUGUAUUCAUACGUAAAUGUAUCCAACAUAAUUUAAAAAGAAACUCAAUUUGAGUGUAAAAUGUUAAGUAAUUUUCUAAUUAACUAAAAUAUGAUUUUAGUAAAAUAAAUAAAUACGUAAUAUUAUUAUAUACCUACCUGAUAUUAUAACACAAGCAUGUGUGCAUUUUAUUGAAAUUUAUGAAACAAGUAGCUUUAACAUUUUACUUUGCCAUUAUUUUAUAUCACUCUUUACAUUCUACAUUCAAUUACAUCACUCAUAAUUUUGAAGGUUAUUCAUUAUUCACUUUUGAGCUAAGGAUUUCUUAUUGAGGGUUGGUAAAAUUAUUGAAAUUUACGAAAAUCAUUAAAAAAAUUGCUGAAUGAUUUAUGAACUAAUUAUUAUUCAGUAGUUGCGAUAAAAUCAGUUUAAAUUACCUUAAUCUUCAAAAUAAAAUCAGUUUUUUUUAAAUCUAAUCAUUAACUUUUAAAUGAACUAUAAUUUUGUGAAAGAAUUUUAUAAUUAUCAAGAAGAAACUUAACAAUUCAUCAAUAAUACAUAUUUGAACUACAAAAAUUGUGCUUCAAAAUGUUAAUAUAAUGAUUAUCAUAGAUUUUAUCAAAACAUUUUUUUUCAUUAUUAAUUUAAAAAAAUUUACAUUUGAAAUAAAGAAAAAAAUAAAAAUAAACCCAUAAAUAUUUGAAUACAUAUUGAAGAUAACCUCCUGAUCUUUUUACUAAUUGACAUUGUUUAUACAUUCGGGUUUUCAAUGACACCAGUGAUAUACUGAGCUAGUAAUUAACUGUUAUGCCUGGAAAUCGUAUAUUAUCAGUGUUUACCUUACAUUUUAAAUUUACUAAUAAAAAAAUAAUAUAUACAUUAUUUCAUUUUAGAUUAUGAGUGAACUAUAAGCUUCUUCGCUUAUGGUUUUAUAAAGAUGUUUAUUUUUCUGCUUUGAUUUUUCAGUUUAGCCUCUUUUAUGAAAAUAAAUCGGUAUGGGGAGGUACAUCAAUUAAUUAAAGUCAUUUUUCAUUUUCUGAGUAAUUUUCUCAUAAAAUGUGAAAACCGAAAAUAACGGAAGAAAAAUGAGAAAAUGUACAAAUUGCAGGUAUUAGUUUAAACAUAAUUCGGCUAUAUUUUUUUCCUGUGAACAACUUUUCUGCCAGUAAUUUAUCUUUGAUUUACAAUGAUAGCACUUUUUCUGAAAGGAAAUCUGACUAAAAAGGUAUGGUUAGGAAAACUAGUAAAAACGGGAAAAUCGGUACAAUAUUAGACAAAUAUUAAAGAAAUUAUAUAAUGCCUAUUUAAUUAUUUUACCAUUUAUGUUUUAUGCAUUGUUGACAUAGCAUCACUAUCAACUGAACUCCGCUCAUAAUCGUUUUUUCAUUAGCAGCGGUUUAUCGUUGCUUACAAAUAUACAUUUAAUUUCUCCUCUAAUACUACCUUCCCAACUUCCCACCUACAACAGUAGCUGCACACACGUGUGAAGUAUAUUAAUCUUUUUAAAUUUAAUUACUUAAAUAAUUUGCAUAAAUUAUCUUUAAUAUCGGGGACUACAGCAAAUACAUUGCUCCGUGUUCCUCGAAUCUUAUUGACAUUAGUAAUCGGAAUUUUACACUUUUAAUAAUUCAUUGUUUUUUUUUUUUUAUUAUUAAAAUGCCAUAAUUAAGAACUUAGUGAAAGUGUAGUACAAUUAUUUUGUUUCGAAAUAAACAGUCACAUAAGACUUUAUAAGUGAUAACCAAUUUAAUAAAUAAUGAUGGAUUAGGUACAUUGUAUAAACUUAUCUGUCAAUUACGGAAAUGUACACCAAUUGCCUACAAUAAUUAGCCAGCUUCGGAAUUGUUCAAAACACCUAGUAAUUCUCAAGAAUAUGGGAAUAGGCAUUUCGUAAAAAAUAUCAUUAAAAUAUGUUUAAUGUAUCACACAUUCAUAUCCGAUGAAUAGUUUCUUAAUUAUAGCCGUUUUAAUUAGGCGUGAAACAAAUAAUAUUUAAUAUUAUAGUUUGUAUAUAUAUAUAUGUACACCUUUAUUUGUAAUACCGGUUGGCUUUGGUUAAUGUUUAUAAUUGUUUUUUUACUAUUAUUUUGCAUUAUGUAACUUUGUCCCCAUAAACAUUUUAUGUAAUAUCAUUUAUUGACAAAAUAAUUAGUGUAGGUAUAAUGUUUAUGACUUAUUUUUGAAAUUUAAUUUGCUUUAUUGAAAAGUAUACGUAACUGGCUUUUAUUUUCUUCCCGUGGGCUUAUUAUCCAAUGACAAUGUAUGUACCAAGUACCUAUUGUAUAUAAAACCUUAUAAAAUUAAGGUGUGUUUGCCUGUUAUCAAAUCUAAAGGUAAAAACAUUUUCUAUGUUUGUAAAUUGGUUUUUUCAAUUUAAUUUCCAAAAGGGAAACGAUGAUUUUUAAGUUGUAAUAUUUCAUAUAUUUUUAACUCGCUUUAAAAUUAAAAUAUCGAAAAAACUAUCGUAAAAUUAUAGGUAAUAGUCUUAUCUUUAGGUCUGAUAAUAAGCAAAUACACCCUUAUUCUAAAACUAACAGCACAAACUGAAUGGAACGUAUGAAUUUAACGUUAUUUCAUGGAUUGGGUUAUUUCACCGAUGGAAUGUAACAUGUACAAUUUUUGAGUUUUUUAAUUUUACACAUUAUAUAUUGGGGGGGGGAGGGAGUGGAGGAUUUAUUGUGAAACAUUGUCUACAUAACAGUGGUAGCAGCAUCUGAGUAAAGUACUGAUUUAAAAUGAGAAAAUUACCUGUAUUGAAUUUCAAAAUAAAUAAUAAUCAUAUCGUCAAUAAAUAUUUAUACUUUCUGAGAUGAUUGAUUAUGCUGCAGUACACUAUAAUCUAUAAUCAUAUUUAAAUAGAUGCAAUUAUAAACGGUUUCGUAUUACGUAUACUUUGCGUUAAAUUCACCAUUACCUUCGUUUGUUAAUAAACAGUUCUCUAAUUGUGUAAUGAAAUAAUUUUAUUGAAAAUUAAUAGAAUGUAAACAGUUUUUUUAGGUGGAAUCGUGUUGUUUUUUAUUUGCACGCGUAGCUCCUACACGGAUCAUACGGAUUUAGUGCGUCCAGUUGAAUGCUUUGAAGCGACCGACGAAUGUCCAAAUAAAUAUAUCACAUUUUAUUUGUAUAGAAAGUAGGUUUACACAAUAAUAUUUUUUUUAAAGCGACUUUUUAAUUAUACUCACAUUAGUUUUGGGAUUAAAUAAUGUAUACAUUCAAAUUCGGAAAUUUUUUCUUAUUUUUAAGUAAGUAGUUAAAGACGAUAUUUUCAAAUAGGUACUUAGAUUAUAAAAACACGAGUAUUCUGUGAUUUUCAAAUGAAAACCUACAUAUUUGAAUGUAAACUGUGAAUCUUAUAAUGUUAUUCUUAAAAUGUUGAUCUAGAAUUUUAAUCGAAAUUUGAACGAACAUUUUGUGACUAUAUGUCUGGAUGUCUAGAUGUUUCCCGAAUUCCUUUAUCCUAAUGAAUUUCACCUAUAUCAUUGUUUCCCAGUAUCUUACAUUCCAUUGUACAAUACACAUUCCACACUGCUUCAAGUUAGCUGAAGGGGGAAUGCCUAUCCGCCGACUUUAAAUCAUAAGAACUGUAAACAUGUACAUGUAUAUUUCAAUUAAUAUAUUAUGUUUCGCUAAAAACUUAAAAAAAAAUAUUUUAUUUUUACUAUUUUUGAAAAAUUUUUAAAGAAGCUAUUUUAUAGAGUUUAUUUUUCUAAAUAUUUCGACGUAUCAACUUUAUUAAUAUUUUAUAAAAAUAUAUGUUUAGUCGAUUACCCAAAAUAAUAAUAAUAUUAUAUUAGUGAAUGCGAUUACAGUCUGCUGCAUAAUUAAAGUUACUUUUUUCUGAAUUUUAAAAAAUAGUUUCAAACCAGGAAUCUAACUAUAAACGACUGAUUCGUCAUCAAAAAAAUUGUCUUUAACUACAGUUUAAAAUUUCAAAAAUCAGAAUUUGAAUUAAUGCAUAAUGUAUAACCAUAUAAUUUGGAUGAUCGUGCUUAAAACUUAAUCAUGUUAAUCGUUUAAAAUCAGUGGCGCACCCAGAAUAGAGGGGCUAAGGGGUAUAGAAACCACCCUAAUUGACCAUGUUAAAAAAAAUUAAAAAAAAUAUAAAGCAUAAACUAUUUAGUAUUGGAAACUUAUUACUAAUAAAAUAAUAAUUGUUGAACAUUUUCAGUACUAAAACAACUUAUAAUCUAAAACAUAUAAUUGUACUACAUAAUUAUGUAUUUUACUAAUUGCCUUUAAGAAAAGUGAUUUUAUAAUUGAUUAGCUUACAUAAUUAUUUAAAAUUUAUAUUAACCGUUUUUAGUCCCCAUCUCACAAAUAAAAAAAUACUUAAAAAUGCAGGGUACGCCAUUGUUUGAAAUUAAAUUUAAUAAUUUUUUGUUCGUUGCGUUUUUUUAUCUACGUAUUACAACGUAUUUUUUGCAGAGAUAAUGAAAAGAAGCCUACUUUUGCUGUGAUUACAGAAGACACAAUAGACACCGUAGAGUUUAGCCCAAGUGACACUUUGAAAAUAUUAAUACACGGAAUUAAAGGGGAACAAAAUGAUAAAUUUAACAUUUUGAUCAGAGAUGGUAAGUCAAUAUGUAUAAUGUAUGUAACUAUUUCGUAACUAUAGAGUGAAAGAUUAAUUUUAUUUUUGAAAAUGCAUGAGACAAGCCGUUAUAAAAUGCAUCACGAUUAUUAUAAUUUUACCCUGAAGGUUGGGUUUUUUAGUUUAUCGAAAAUUCUGGAAAAGUUGAUACAAGUUUCAUUAUGAACUGUACAAGGGUUUUUUAACAUUUUAGAAUUUUUGAACAAUUAUAAAAAUCACGUAAUAUUGAUUACUAUUACCCAAUUGAUAUGAAUAAAAUUUGUUUGAAACGACAAAAUUGUUUGAAAAUUUGACACAAGAAUUAUUAUUAUUGUGUGCGUUACUAGGUCACGCGUGUCAUAAUAUGAAAGACGGGCGAUGGGAUAUCUUUUUACACAUACAUUGUUAACCCUUAGUACGUAACACGGCUUAAGAUACGAUUUUAAGAUUGCAUGAUCUUCAUUUGUAGAACUUUGAACUUAUUUGAUAUUACUUUUAUAGUUACUUUUUGAUGUUACUUAUUGACAUAUCUACUAUUUUCGUAUUAAUAUGCACAAACAUUGUGAAUUUCGUACCAGAAAAUUAGAAUCAGAUGAUGGUCAAAUCGAGUUAUCGAGUUUAGUUUACCAAGAGAGCGUUUAUGUCUAUAGGCCAUUUAUGCCCAUAUGUUGUACUUAGUGGGAAAUACGAAAAAUUUGAACGUAAUAAUGGAGAAACUAAGGAAAAUACUAUUUUUCAGCUUAUUUUUCAAAAGCUGAUUACAAUAUAAUAACAGUGGUUUAUACUCCCCUUGGACCUACUUUAAGAUGUUACCAAGAGACCUUAUUGAAUAUGAAAAUUAUCGCAAGGUGUACGGUGCGACUUUUGCAAAAGAUUUUGGAAAAAAAUUCAAAUAUAAAAUAUCGGCACCUCAUUGGAUUCAGCUUGGGAGCUCAAAUUGCGGGUAAUAUAGCAAUAAUAUGGAAUGAUGAAAAUAAGAUUGAUAAACUCGAAAGAAUAACGGGUGAGUGAUACAUAUACAAUAUUAUUUUCAUAAAUUCAGUGAUAACAAUUUAUUACAACAGUGAUAGUUACAGUUUUAAGAAAAAAUAUUACUGAACGACGGUGGUGAGUUCGUUCCACUUAAAAAUUGUCCAACAUCUAAUCAAACAAGUUUUUUAGUUAGAGGUACGAUUAUUAUACACAUACUGGCGAUGAAAAAAAAAUUGGUCAUGUUUGUGUGCCUGUACAAUUUUUUUUGAAACAGGUAUUAUUGCGCUUAGAUCAAAAUGGAUGUAAACCGACCCCCUGUUUCACUAGUUGUCACCGUUAAUCGAAGCUCGCUGACGCACGAAUCGUUUCAGUGGAAGGCACAAGGUGCUGAUGUUUUAGUAUGUUAUUAUAGCUGUCUACUAAUAUUAGUUGCCUAUCAAAAUCUCUAAGUUAAUUUAACUUAGAAUAGGACCUUUUGUAUGAGACAAUUUUAUAUAUUAGAUGUAUAACCAAAAUUGGAAUAUCACAAUUAGUAUAAUUGUACAGACACUCGAUAAUACCCUGUUGAAGAGCAAUAUAAAAAAUAAAAAUUGAGCAGCAGAGCAUCGUAUUCUAACCAAGUUACUUACUUUCAUGUGACAGUAUGUGAAUAUAAAACCAGGAUUUUUCUAUGAAAGCGUCAGAAUUGUGAGGAAUGGAGUUGAAAGUUAAAAACACAAAAUUUGAUUGUUCAAAAUUGUGUAAAAUUUAUAAUAAUUUGUCAACUCUUAGUCGAGUCAUAAAAGGAUUAAAAUUAAGAAAAUUCUCUAACUUUUGCAACUAUGACCUAAAAUAUUUAUGAUAGAUGAAAAUACAUAAAUAAAUAAAAUGAGGCAUUUUUAAUUUAAUUACCUAUAAUAAUUGUUUUAUAUUAUUUUCCAAUACUCAACCCUUUCAUCUAAAAUAAUAAAAACUAAAUUUAGUAUUGUCUUUUUUUGUUAUAAUUGUUUUUUUUUCCUAAAAACCUCACCUCAUUUAAAUGUUCGUUUUAUUUUUUGUUUUUUGGGUGAACGAUUUGCUUUUAAAGUUAUAGGAUACAAUAUGUGCGUAAAGUUGACACCACGACUUUUGACUUUUGACCAAUGCCGAUAUUUUGUAACUUAUUUUUUAAAUAUCUGUAACAUAUUUUUCAGAAUUUGUAACUUAUUAACUGUUUGUAACUAAACUUUUAGGAUUAGUGUAUUUGCACUUUAACCACUAUAAAAGUUCUAAUGGGGGGGUCAAACUUUAUGUAGCUGCCGACUUUAUCCGAUCGACUUCGGACUAAUGCCAAUAUUUCGUAAUUUAUUUGUAACUCAGUUACAACUUGUGGACAGGCAAUUUUUUAAAUUUUUGCAUCAGUCGUGUAUGUUAAUUUGACCGUUUUAUUCCUACUACUGACAUAACUACCAUUAGACUACCAUAGACUUAGUGAUGUGUUUUUGCGCAAACGAAUAUUGCACCGCCGCGGUCGUACAGCCGUCUGCCGAUGCUGGCGGAGAAUAUCAUGUAUUGAGAACUGAUUAUUUCUUUUCAAUAAUAUUCAAUUUGUCCCGCAGGCAGGGUUAUCUCUAAAACAACUCUAUAGAAAAUACUGAUCGACCCGGUUUACAUUCAAUUCCCAAAUAAUAUUCUUUAAUGUAACAAAAACAAAUAUAAUUCCCUUAUAUAUUGUACAUUUCUAUUUAAGAACCUCGUAUACAAAACGAAUAAAAAUAAAUAUUCAUAUUUCAAUGAAAUAUUUAUUUUAUUUAUUUACUUUCUGAAUUGACUGUACUUAUUGUGUACAAUUUUUUAAAUGCGCAUCAUCAAUUAUGUAACCCACGAGCCGCCACUGGUGUAAUCCAUAACAAGGUAUAUUCAGUGUAAAGUAGUAUAAAAUGUAUACCUGACUGACAAGGUAUACAUUUAAUUUAUUAGUAUCAUUCGAGUUUUGCUUAACAAAAAGGUUAAAAAUUUUGAAAACUAAGUUACAAAUAUUUAAAAAUAAAUUACAAAAUAUUGGCAUUGGCACAUAGUCAGAAGUCGAAAGUCGGAGGGGGGGGGGGGGUGGCAACUUCCCGCACGAAAAAUAAAUAAGUAUAAGAAACUUAAUUAUAAAAUAUUUUAUAUUUACCAUUUUUGCCUUUUAUGUAUAAUUUGGGCUGACAUUGUAAAAACGAAAAAUAUUUUUAAAAUUAAUUAUAAUGUGGAAACCAACAAACGGUGAAAAAUAGGUUGAUCAAUGUUUAUAAAUCUUAAUAUGUGUUUUAGAUUCUGAGUGGAGCGAAGAAGCUUAUAGAUUUAUAAAGAUGUUUAUUUUUUGUUUUUUUUUACCCGUGCCUAAUUUCUCUACCAGAAGACUUACUCGGAUUUCUACAUGUAGCACCUUUUCUGAAAGGAAAUCGGCGUGGAGAGGUACGAUUUUCUCAAGAGUUUUCUCGUCAAAUUUGAAAAACCGAAAAGAAACGGGAAAAUGUACGAAAUAUAUUAUUCAAAUAUUACAAUUUUUUUUACCUGUGUUCAACUUUUCAAUCAAUAAUUUUGCUUCAACUUUUAAUGAAAGCAAUAUUUCUUAAAAUUAAUUUCACUAGGGAGGUACUUUAAGCAGAUCAUUUUUCGAUACUCACAAGAGAUUUCUUAUCAAAUGCGGAAAACCGGGAAAAACGUAGGAAAACUGGGAAAAUCGGUACAACAUUAAACAAAUAUUACUAAUGAAAAUAUAUACAACCUAUUUAAUUAUUUUACUAUAAAAUGGCAUAUAUAUUAUUGUCAAAGCAUUUCUAUGAACUGAACUCCACUCAGAAUCGUUUUAUGGUAAGCAAUGGUUUAUCGUUUCUUACAGGUAUACAUUAAAUUAUCUACAACAGUAGUUGCACCCGUCUCCAUUAUCCUAGGACGUCUUUUUUAACAUGAUUUGUUUUUGAUUUAUCACGUAAUUGAUUAUAAUUUGGUUUAAUAGCCCUUGAUCCGGCUUCACCCCAUUUGGAAAACGGACGCAGUCUAUUGAACGCAGAUAGUGCAACCGUAGUAGACGUUAUUCAUUCAAAUUCCGGGGUUUUAGGACAAAUUUUACCAAUUGGAACUGUUGAUUUUUACGCUAACGGUGGAAUCAGACAACCGGGAUGUGAACACGAUGGUAGGUACAUAUUUUUAAUCAUUGAAUAUUAAAAUAAAUGCCAAUUAUGUAUAUGGUUGAAAUUUUCAGAGCACCCGGUGUAUUGUCAUCACCAUAGAGCCUAUUAUUAUUUUGCAGAGUCGAUCACACACGAAAAGACAAUUCAUGGAUUUUUCGCUACGUUAUCUGGGUCUUGUUCAGACAAAGAUUUUUCGUUAUUAGGGGGUGAUUUCCAAGACGUUCAUGUAAUGGUCGGAGAAUAUCUCGAAUUGGAGUAAGUAAAUUUUGAAGUUUACAAUCAUCGUUCAAAUAAAGAAUUUACGUCAUAUAUUUGUUCGGUGAUGCAAACCGUUAAUUGUAAUAAUUAUUGAUGUUUUUUUGUUUUUGUUUAAUUUUUAGAACUCGGGGUGUUUACUAUUUUAAUACGAAUAGCGAACCGCCUUUCUCUCCAAAUGCCACUGAUACCACAUCUCAGGUUUUUGAAACGCCGCAGCCCAAUUCUUAGUAAUGUACAUUUAUAUUAUAUUGAAUAUAUUUUUAAUAUUUUAAUAUCCAAAUAAACGAAACGAAAUGGCAAAUUAUAACGUACUAGUUUUCAUCACACAUCCAACAAACGUUUACGAGGAUCACAUGUAAAGAAUUUACUGUUUUUUUUAGAUAGCACACAUACUGUCCACAAGAACUUAUAUUUUGCAAUUUCGUAUACAUACAAUAAUAUUAAUGAAAGAACAUGAUAUCGACCUUAUUAAUUAAGGAGUUGCGUGUAGGCAAAUAUCACAAAAUGUUAAAUUAAAAUGCCUUAAUUCAAAUCUAUUCAAAUUCACUACCGAAUAAAUUAUGUACAAGUUGUAUCAUGUUAUUAUCACAAAAAAUGUUUACGCUGUUUAACCAAAAUAUUUUUACGAAAUACUGUUUUGCAGGGGAUAACUCUACUAUUUCCGUAUUUAUUUAGUUGAACAACUAAAAAGAAAAAUUCGCAGUACGUUAUGAGAAAAUAAAAUGUAUUACCGAUACUGUUUAUUUGUACUUUCAUAAUAUUGUAAUAUUAAUAAUAAUUACUAUUUGAUAAUUAAGAUUCUAGGUGUGAUUAUGUUUCUUUCUUAGACAAUCAAAAAACUGCGUAGGUCAAUAUCAUACCACUGUUGUCCAUAGAUCUGUUAUAUUGUAUUAGGUACCAAUAUUUCGUAAUGUUAUUUAAUUUAUCAAUAAGUAUGACAGAUAUAGAAGAAGGUGGAGUAUAACUGUACCACUAACUUCUACGCAUUGCAUAAAUUACGUUAUUUUAGGAAAUUGAAAUUGGAUUAUAACACAAAUAUUAUUAGUUUCAAAAAUGUUUAUGUAUUUGUAAAAAAUCAUACUAAAAAAAACCUAACCUAACUUAAAAACAAGUCCGAUUUUUUAAAGUACAUUAAAAUACGGGUUUUCCCCAUAGGUAGAGUAAAAUCGUAUUAGUUUAAAUAAAAAUGAUAUAAAAUAAUAAAAAUAUACACGGUAAUAGGUUUACAAUUAUCCCAAUUAAAAUAUAAUUAAUAACAAAAAUUGUUAUUCCAUAUUUUAUAAAAUAAUUAUGGUGUCAAUACUUAUACAGUCGAGUCGCGAUAACUUAAAAAACUUGACAAUUCGAUUUGUUUUUUAUUCCCCUAGAAAUUCUCUUAACACUCAAUGUAUUAAAAGUCUUCGCAACUUUUCUACCAAAAGACUUGCUUUGAUUUCUACUAAAAUCACUUUUUCUGAAAGAAAAUUGGCAUGGGGAGAUACUUUAAGGAGGUAAUUUUUCGAUUUUCUCAUAAAAUUUGAAAAACCGAAAAAAUUGGGAAAAUGUAUGAAAUAGAUUAGUAAAAUAUUACGAUUUCUUUUCCUGUGCACAACUUUUCCACCAGCAAUUUUGCUCUAACUUUAAAUGACAACAAUGUUUCUUAAAGGAAAUUUCGUGGUAUUCAUGGGCACCGUAGUUGAAUUGAGUUCACCGGAAAAAAGUUUGGGAACCGCUGAUUUAGAUAACCGAUGAUAAACCAAUCUAGAUCCAGUUGAAUAUUAUACAUCGUCUCUAAAUCUAGAUCGAAUAUCGUUAAAUAUGUUUUAUUCUAUUGAUAAUUAUUACGGCAGAGAACUUGUAGCAUUUGUAUAGUUGUUUUACACUGUAAAAAAAAAAAUAAAAUUAUAUUUACAAUACUCAAAGUUUUGAUUUGAUUUUGAUAAAUUCAAGUUAGGUAUAUAAUUAUAUACAAGUAGGUAUUUUGAGUUGUUUCGUUAGAUCAAAGUAAAAUAAUAACUCAAUACAUAACAUAUUAAUUUUCAUUUAUUUCUAAAAACAUAUUGUAAGAUAGUUAAUAAAUUGUAUACAUAUCAAUUUAACAAAACAUGUUUACAUACUCAUAUAAGUAGUAUCCUUGCGCUUCUGCCUCGACGGUUUUGCCACACAAUAGGUAGCUUCAUAUUAUCUGAUUAUCAGCAUUUAAGUAAAAAGUAUAAAUAAUGUUUCUCCAAAUUAUAUUAUUAAAUAAUCUGUAAUUAAUCUUCAUAAUUUUAAAUAGUUCCAGUUGAUAUCAAAUAAAAUUAAGUAUGGCAAAUUUUAAUCAUAAACUAUAAAUACUAACUGUGUAUAAAAUAUAUACAUUUUAUUUUUAACGUAUAUUAGAUUAAACUUUUGAAAAGACGUCGGGUUGUCGUAUUAAAAAAUGUUUAGCUUUUAUAAAAGUAUUAAAACAUUCAAAUUUAAUUUCAUCAAGUAAUGUAAAUCAUAACAAUAUAUUUUAUAUUGAAUAAAUAAUAUAGUGUUAACUGUCUGCAUCAAUAAAAAUAAAAUUAACCGUUAAUCUCCAUGAAAAGCAAAGUGCAGUUUUAUUUCAAUGUUUAAAUAUCCUCUGGGUAACGUUAAAUGAUUCUUAUUUUUUUUUAGAUGAAUUCGCAUUAGUGUAAUUUAUUAGCAAAAUAUUUUUAAGCGAAUUUAAUACAUUAUAUGGGAGUAAACACAUGAUUGUUAGCAAUGCCCUUUCAAUUCUACUAUUCGAGAUGACACUGCAAGUUUCGUUUGCUGUUCAUGGUAUUAUAGGUAGUAUAACCUGCGUUUGGUUUCAAGUGAACACCUUAUUAGGAGGAUAGCCGUUAAUUUUUUUUAUAGAUUUUAGUGUACCCUUUGAUUUAAUCAACCCGGAAAUAGGCUCAGGACUAAAAUGGGGCCUACGCCCAAUUAAACAGCCAGGUAUAUAUUUUACCUAAUUUUUAGAUUAACACAAAAAUUAUUUUUUAGUUUAAUUUCAUAAUAAGUUUAAUUUAAAAAAGACGGACAUGCUUCGCACGUUUUUGGGCCACUGUUGUAGGUGAGUGAUUGGGGAGCUAGUAGAGGGAAAAUUUAAUGUACAUAUGUAAGCAACGAUAAACUAUUGCUAAUGACAAAACGAUUCUGAGCGGAGUUCAGUUGAUAGCGAUGCUAUGCCAAAAAUAUACAUACCAUAUUAUGGUGAAAUAAUGACAUCGGCAUUAUAUAUUUUCUUUAAUAAUAUCUGUUUAACAUUGCCCCUAUUUUCCCAAUUUUCCUAAGUUAUAUAGAGUUAUUAUUCAGUUAUUAUAGAGACAUUUGCACUUUGAACAAUUCAUUAUACAAUCAAUAUAAUACUAGUAUAAUGUUUUAGUACAGUACUUAUACUAUUGUCUAAUGUCUGUGUUUAUACAUUUGUAGGUUGCUACAAAAUACAUGGAAGAUGAAAAUCGUUUGAAUAAAAUAAUGGUUUCUUAAUACUUAGUCAUUAUAUUUUUUUUAUGUUAUUGAUAUUAUAGCAAUUUAAUGCAAUUAUUUAUAUUGUUAUAUAAUAUUGGUUUUUUAUUCAAUUUAAAAACUUUUAGCCCUAUUAUUAUAAUUUUUUUUUUUAUAUACGAUUUCAGUAAUUAUUAAGUAGG